AUGGGCGAUUUCAUCGAUGCCCACUCGCGCGACAAGAAACCCCUCAACCUCCUCCGCGGCUGGCCGCACCCAUCACUCCUCCCGACGCCCGCCAUCGCCAGCGCCGCGCAGACCGUUCUGUCCGACCCUGCCAUCUCAAUCCCCGGGCUCCUCUACGGACCCGAUCCCGGGUACCAGCCUCUGCGGGAGGAAAUCGCCCGGUGGCUGAGCGGCUUCUACGGCGGGCAGGCGGAUGCAGAGCGCAUAUGUGUCACGGGGGGCGCGAGCAGAACCUGGCGUGUGUUUUCGGAUCCGCUGUUCACGAGGGUGUGGAUGGUUGCGCCGAGUUAUUUUUUGGCGUGUCGGAUUUUCGAUGAUGCGGGGUUGGUUACGGGGGCUGUGGGGGAGGGGGAUGAGGGGGUGGAUUUGGAGGGGUUGGAGGCCAGUUUGAGGGAUGCGGAGAGGGAUGAGGGGGUUAGGAAAAUCAAGCUCGCCAAACCCUGGUCGAAGAUCUAUCGACAUAUCAUCUACUGCGUGCCAACCUUCUCCAACCCAUCAGGCAAGACCAUGUCCCUAUCAUGCCGACAAAAGCUCGUCAGACUGGCCCGCAAAUACGACGCCCUAAUCAUCACAGACGACGUCUACGAUUUCCUCCUGUGGCCCACAUCCAAAAGCUCCUCAACAUCGUCAGCUACUGCCCUCAUGCCCCGUCUAGUUGACAUAGACCGCACCAUGGAGCCCGUACCCAGCUCGCACAGUUUCGGAAACGCCAUGUCCAACGGCUCGUUCUCGAAGAUCGCAGGCCCCGGUUUACGUACCGGCUGGGCGGAUGCCACGCCAAUAUUCACGUAUGGUUUGUCACAGUGUGGUUCAUCUCGCUCAGGAGGCGCACCGAGUCAGUCGACAGCCACCAUGGUGUGCGAGCUAUUGAAAUCCGGGGCCGUGGGAAAGCAUAUCUCGCAGGUCUUGAUCCCAGCUUACAGGAAGCGGUACGAGAUUAUGAUGGCAGCGAUACAGCAGUUCUUACUCCCCGUCGGCGUCACGGUUGGCGAAGUGAGUUUCGGGGAGCAGGAGAUAUUCGGCGGGUUCUUUAUCUGGAUUGAGCUGCCGAAGAGCAUGAGCGCUGAAGAGGUCUGUUCGACAGCCAAGGAGCGCGAGAAUCUGAUCGUGGCUCCGGGCCGCCUCUUCGAGGUCUCGGGCGAUGCUAGUGUCAGGUUCGAGACCUCCCUCAGGCUGUGCUUUGCAUGGGAGGAAGCGGAAGAUCUGGAAGAUGGAAUCAGGAGGUUGGGAAAGGUCAUCAGGGACGUGGGAGAAGGCAAGUCGAUAGCUUCGAGGCAUGCUGGGAAGGAAAUCAAAAAUGACUUGGGGGAGUUUAGGUAA